AUGUCUACCCUCUGCGACUUACCCAACGAGAUCCUUCUCGAAGUUGUGCGCGGCCUCGGUGCUAUCUGGUCUUUCGAAACUCAGUCCGAGGCUUUCAAAUGUAAAAGGACUGAAAUAAGACGGCAGCGCGAGAAUCACCUCAGGCAAAGGACUCUUCACGCACUCUGUCUGACUUCUCGACGCUUGAGAUGCCUUUCGAUUCCGACUCUAUACGCAUCAUCGGCUACCUCCGCCACCCGGGCUGGCCUCACAAAUCUUCAGUUACUGCACAGAACCCUCAGUGACCCGAACAGCGCAUUGGACCAGACACGACGCUUAGCUGAGUAUGUCCGUUCUGUCGAAAACCGUCUUGCAGAUUUUCAAGGCAACAGUCUCCAGGACGACGAAGCGUUCCAGCAAGGGCCAUCUACGACAUAUUUUCAACUGCUUGCCGACCUGGUCUCAUGUGCGCCUAAUAUUGAGCAUCUCUGUAUCGUCAGCUUAGAGUACGAGGAGGUGUCGUUCUGGAGUCACGUCUUGACUAAAUCUCUUUGUUUUCCUUAUCGAUCUUCUACGCAGCUGGUGCGCCUCUCUGCUCAGAUACAUGCUCCAGCUUGGUCUUCUUCUCGCGAGGUCUCAGUGUUGGAGCGCAUGUUACGGCACGCUCAGUCACUUCCCAAGCUUGAAGAGCUCCGAAUCUCAGGUGCUACCACCGGAAGCUCUGUAUCAUUGGCUUUUAAGACAGACGAAAUUGGGAAUCUUCGUCGACUAGAUCUUCUAGAUUGUAGUCUUGAGAUCGAUGAGGUAGGCGAAUUGGUAUUUGGCUGCAAGCAUUUACGACAUUUGAUCUGUAAGUGGGCAUUCGUCCGUGUAAGACGCCUGACGCUACGCGUACUCCACAUGGCGUUGCUGGCUCGUGCGGAAACGCUGGAGACGUUGACCUUGGACUGGCAAGAGAUCAGGUGCAACACUACCACGCUACCUGGUCGUACAACGCUUGAAUCUAUUCGGUCUAUGAAGAGCCUCAGAGCCUUGGACAUUUGCGAACUCGGGUUUUUGAAUGAUGACCACUCACUCCUGGACUUACCCGGUCAGAUCGCUGAAAAUGCCCUAUCCGAGCUGUUACCUGAGAGUCUUGAGCAGAUGACACUCAUUCUCAAGGGUAAGAACGGCGAUUACGAUGAUCACAUCCUUGAGAACGCUUCAUGUCUGUGGCAGCUCAGUGACGACUGCAGGACUUCGAUGUCACAACUGAAAACGAUUUGUAUAAAAGCAGGAAAUAACAUGUGUACACCAAGUCUUGCAGAUGCGUUUGCAAGUGUUGGCGUGGAGCUACAUACUGAGAUAGUCAUUUGA